ACACAUAACACACUUCAGGUUCAUUCUGAUCGAAGAUGAGAAGGGUAAUGGGCAUUGCAGAGUGGCUCAGCAUGGCAUUUGUCUUAUGGAAAUUUGUCUUUGACUACUAGCUCUGUUAAGUUUUAUUAUACAACAGUAUUCCCACCCACCCCAAAAACAUGUCAGUACUCAACCCCACAUCUGGAUUAAUGGGAAAUAUGGAAAAUGGAACUUUUAUGGAGCUCUACCCCACCUCUCUCUCCACAUCCAUGGAUUCAUCUUCUGGACGCGUAUCUAAUGUCUAUGUCUAUGUAUCAAUAUUUCUCAGCCUCUUGGCAUUUCUUCUUUUGCUAUUAAUCAUUGCACUUCAGAGGCUGAAGAACAUCAUCUCUUCCAGUUCCUCCUAUCCAGAAUAUACUAGUGAUGCAGGAAGUUCCUUCACUAACUUAGAAGUCUGUAGCAUUUCCUCUCAGCACUCUGCUUUUUCAAACCUUUCUUCAUGAAAAGAUAUGGAAGGGAAUACAUUAGGAAUGGAACAACCAUUUUGUCUAACUCUGGGGAUACAAGAGAAGUUAUGCAUGCAAUAUCUGCUUUUGAGGACUACUAAUCAUAAUUGAUUUUUAAGAUUUCUCUUGUUAGUCGCCAUAUCCCCUCUGUACUAAUUGUGCUUUUCACCUCUGACCACAUAAACUAAUACCUGUCUGUAGUAGUAUUGCAGGUUUUUUUAGCAUUUCCCCAGCUCAUUCUGAAAAUAAGACAGAGAUUUAAAUGAACACUGAAUAUCCUAUUUAUGAUUCAUUGAACCUAAAACUUCAGAAGUUUUAACUGCCUUACCCAGAAAUGGUAUUAUAUUAUUCAUAAUAGAUUCCUAGAAAAGUCUUGACCCAGUCAUUUAAAGCUUUAUUGUAUUGUACUUCCAAAACUUAAGGCAAUUUUAAGAAAACAAAACAAAUACAAAGUUUAGUUCAAAAGUGUGUUGCUGAGAUUUACUUGUAUAUUAUCCUGAAUAAACUCCUCUGUAUGUCAGAGAUGGUUAUUUUAUUUUAAUUCAAAUUAAUAAA